AUGCCGUCGCUCACUGCUGCUGUAAAGUCCAGCUACACGUCUAUCAUUGAUCGAAUCCUCACGAUAGAGGAAGUCCUGUGUAAAUUCCGUCUGCCCAGAGAAGAGCUGGAGGAGGUGAUGAGCAGGAUGCAGCGGGAGAUGGACCGAGGCCUCCGCAUCGAGACCCACGAGGAGGCCAGCGUCAAGAUGCUGCCCACCUACGUCUGCUCCACCCCCGAGGGAUCCGAGGUCGGUGACUUCUUGGCUCUGGAUCUUGGAGGCACAAACUUCCGCGUGAUGUUGGUGAAAGUGGGAGCAGACGAAGACAGAAGCUGGAAAAUCGAGACCAAGAACCAGAUGUACUCCAUCCCUGAAGACGCCAUGACCGGGACGGCAGAGAUGCUGUUUGACUACGUCGCCGAGUGCAUGUCGGACUUUUUGGGCAAACACCAAAUCAAACACAAAAAGCUGCCGUUGGGAUUCACUUUCUCGUUCCCAGUCCGACACGAAGACCUGGACAAGGGAAUCCUGCUGAACUGGACAAAAGGUUUCAAAGCUUCCGGAGCCGAAGGGAACAACGUGGUGGGUCUGCUCCGCGACGCCAUCAAGAGGCGAGGGGAGUUUGAGAUGGACGUGGUUGCCAUGGUGAAUGACACAGUCGCCACCAUGAUCUCGUGCUACUACGAAGACCGCAGCUGUGAAGUCGGCAUGAUUGUUGGCACUGGGUGUAACGCCUGCUACAUGGAGGAGAUGAGGACCGUGGAGCUGGUGGAGGGCGAGGAGGGCCGCAUGUGCGUGAACACGGAGUGGGGGGCGUUCGGAGACAACGGCGAGCUGGAGGAGUUCAGGCUGGAGUACGACAGGAUGGUGGACACGGCCUCCACCAACCCAGGACAGCAGCUAUAUGAAAAGCUGAUCAGUGGGAAGUACAUGGGGGAGCUGGUCAGACUGGUCCUGAUAAAACUGGUGAAUGAGAACUUGCUCUUCAACGGAGAAGCGUCGGAGCAGCUGAGGAGCCGGGGGAGCUUCGAGACCCGCCACGUGUCGCAGGUGGAGAGUGACUCUGGGGACAGAAAGCAGAUCUACAACAUCCUGUCGUCUCUGGGCGUGCUGCCGUCAGAGCUGGACUGUGACAUUGUGCGGUUGGUGUGUGAGGUCAUCUCCACGCGCUCCUCCCACAUGUGCGCCGCCGGGUUAGCCGCCGUCAUCAACCGCAUGAGAGAGCGCCGCUGCCUGGACACUCUGCACAUCACCGUGGGCAUCGACGGAUCGGUCUACAAGCUGCACCCAAAAUUCCAGGACCGGUUUCACAAAGUGGUGCGAGAGCUGACGCCGCACUGCGAGAUCUGCUUCCUCCAAUCAGAGGAGGGCAGUGGGCGAGGGGCCGCACUCAUCUCGGCGGUGGCCAGCAAGAUGGCCGCCUGCAUGCACUGCUGA